AUGCCUAGAAUAUCAACAAAAAUUGACAGUGCUUUAAGCAAUUUAUUCUAUCUAAGUAUUCUUUCAAAAAUAGCAAUUAGGGAAUGUAUUUUGGUCAGACAAACUGAAAAAUCCUCAGAACUCCAACUCAUCAAGGGUUGGCUGAUAGACGCAGCUAAAUUAAGUAGAAAUAUAAGCUUGAAUAAAUUGAAGACCGUCUAUCGUAAAAUAAAGAUGCUAAAAAGGGAAACUUAG